GGAGUCGGCUUCGCUGGCAGCGCUGCCCGGGUCUGUCGUGGUGCGGGGGGCGCCUUAGUCCUCCUCUGCCGAGUGGGGCCGGGCCCAGGAUCAGAUAUCCACUUGUAACUCUGUGGCUCGAGGCAGAGGUCACUAGGGACUUACCAGACAGCCAGGUCUCUGCUCUUCUUCAUGGAGGCUGUAGGAAGCGCCUUGCAAAGGAGUGUGGCUGGGAGAGUCAGUGGACCACGGUCAGGGGAAGAAAAGAGGCGAGCCAAAGAAAGAUGCACUUCAUCUGCAGGCCUUCCGGAAACCGCCUUUUCCAGCUCGGGGCACUGAUCCCCUGGAGACAGUGUGCCAGACUCCCUGUCACCUCCCCCGUCCACUGCCAGGCACAGCUGGACCCUGCAGUGACGCCGCUGUGGCGGUGGCCUUGGGGCCGCGGCUGGUCUCAGGGGCAGAGGCACAUCUUCCUUCCUGGGACCGCUCGCGGCCGUCGGACUUGGAACCAGCAAACUCCAGGCUGCUGCUCUAGGAGCCCAGGGGAGGACACUGGCACCGCGCCCAGGAACGGGGCCCCGGGGAGUCCCCCUUUCUCCAGCCAGCGCCGCCCUGCUCCCCCGCCCGCCUCUCCUCCAGGCCCUGUGAGGGGCUUCCACGCGUCCCCGCGCUGCCAGGCCAGCCCAUUGCCCCUCCUGCUGAUCAUCCUCAAACCCGUGCAGAAGCUACUCGCAAUCAUUGUAGGCAGGGGCAUAAGGAAUUGGUGGAAGGCACUUCCCCCUAACAAGAAGGAACUGUUGAAAGAAAGUGUGAGGAAGAAUAAGUGGAAGGUGGUCUUUGGCUUGAGUAGUUUUGGAUUGCUCUUCAUAGUGUUUUAUUUUACCCACCUGGAAGUGAGUCCGAUCACGGGAAGGAGCAAGCUGCUAGUACUGGGGAAAGAACAUUUCAGACUUUUAUCCGAGCUGGAGUAUGAAGCAUUGAUGGAACAGUUUAAAGAUGAUAUGCUGCCCGAGACAGACGCCAGACACCUGGGUGUUGCAGAAGUAGUCUCCCACCUGAUUGAGAGCAAUCAGGAUGUCCCUGGGGUCUCCGACAUCAACUGGGUGGUUCAUGUGGUCGACUCCCCAGUUAUCAAUGCCUUUGUGUUGCCCAAUGGACAAAUGUUUAUCUUCACCGGACUUUUAAAUAGCGUGGCCGAUAUUCAUCAACUUUGCUUUCUCCUGGGACAUGAAAUAGCGCACGCAGUGCUGGGGCAUGCGGCAGAAAAGGCUAGCUUGGUUCAUUUGUUGGAUUUCCUAGGUCUGAUUUUCCUUACAAUGACGUGGGCCAUUUGUCCUCAAGAUAGUUUGGCACUUUUGGGCCAGUGGAUACAGUCUAAACUAAAGGAGUACAUGUUUGAUAGACCCUACAGCAGGACGUUGGAGGCAGAAGCAGAUAGAAUUGGACUACUGUUUGCUGCAAAGGCUUGUGUGGACGUAAGGGCCAGUUCCGUGUUCUGGCAGCAGAUGGAAUUCGCAGACAGCCUCCAGGGCCAGCCCAAGAUGCCGGAGUGGCUGUCCACACAUCCUUCUCACGGGAACCGAGCAGAGCACCUGGAUAGACUCAUACCGCAGGCUCUGGAAAUGAGAGAGAUUUGUAACUGCCCACCGCUCUCUGGACCAGACCCGCGAUUACUGUUCAAACUCAGCAUGAAGCAUCUUCUUGAAGAGACAGAGAAAGGAGGCCUAAAUGUUCCUGUGAAGAAACCGAAAAUGGAACCUCUCCUCAAACAAGCCCAGAAGCAAAUACCAUUAACAAGUAUAGUUGAGAAAAAAAAUUGACAGUUGAAUGAAGAUUUAUGAGACAUGGGAUGUAUGAAGAAAUGAAGCAUUCUUUCCAAUUUUCAUGUGGUUUAUUUUUAAAAUGAUGUUUGAGAUGAGGGGGAAAGGCUACCCAAGGUCAAAUCAUGUAUAUUAUGGCUAUCAUCUAAAUUCUACCAUGUAUUUUUCAUGAUAUAUUGAUGUAUUUUAAACUACUUUGCAAUACCUCCAAUGAAGGGAAUGUCACAGA